CUAAUGAGAUUUCUCCUAGAACAUGUUAAUCAAGGAAUUUGUUUAUUAAGGCGAUGUUUUGGUGGCAAUAUCAACAAUAGAAAUUCGGCUGCCUAUGUAGGCAACAGUUUAAAAGGAGGAGUAUAUUAAGUCUGCAGUCCCUACAAGAAAAUAGAUAUUACGACAAUACAGAAUUCUCGACAACCCCUGAGUGAUCAUUAGCCACCAUGAAUAAAGGAACAUCCGCAGACCACUUCUUCCAAACUGACGCCGAACAAGCCAAACAAGAGAGACGGGCAGCAAAAGCCGGUAACAAAAAUGGUAACCCUAUCGCUCUCAAGUCCAAAAUAUUAGCCGCUGUACCGGAUCCUACAAACCCGUCGUCUAUUUUCGUUGCGGAGUCUGCCGGCUCAGUGCGAAGAAUGAACGUUGAUACUGGUGACACAAAGCAAGUAUUCCGAGGCCCAUCAGCACCGGUAACAUGUGUCGCUGUCGGUGGGUCUGGGAACAAGACUCUCUUUGCCGGAUCUUGGGAUAAGGACAUUUGGUCCUGGGAUAUAGAGUCCAAGGCGCCAGGUCGCAAGUUUAGUGGUCAUUCGGACUUUGUCAAGGCCGUUGUAACCACAAAAUUCGGAGGAAAGGACUACUUGAUAAGCGGCGGCGCGGAUAAGAAGAUUAUGGUUUGGGAUCUGGAAACCGGAUCGCGAGUUCACGUACUGCAAGAUCAGACUGUGUCGAUGAUGGCUAUCCAAGAUCUUGUCAUAGAUCCAGUACAGUCCAGCGCAGAUGAAGUCAUACUUGUCAGCGCGAGUAGUGACCCUCAUAUCCGUCGAUGGCGUAUUAAGGCAGACGGCUUUGAGCAAAUCAAGGAGUCGUCGCCAGAUGAACCCGGUGCGGCACGACACACUAUCCUGGAGCAUGAUACUACAGUGUACAAGCUAGUAUUCGAUGGUGAAGGUGAAGAAGUAGACCUAUGGACAUCCAGCGGCGACGGCACAGCGAAAUGUUUAUCUCGAAUAAAGGGAUUCGCUACGGACGAUUCAAUCCACCACGGAGACCAUGUGCGAACUGUCGCAGUAACAGAUCAAUGGAUAAUAACAGGUGGAAGAGAUGAGGAUAUCAAGGUCUGGAAUCGCUCAUCAGGGAAGCUGUACUGUACUCUUGAUGGUCAUUUUGACGAGGUUACUGACCUCGUCGCCCUUGACGGAGGCAGACGCGUUGUUUCCGUAUCGAUUGAUGGGACCGUACGGACAUGGCCACUCGACCAAGCCAGUCUGGAUAAAGUGAACAAGGAGAAGGAAGAUAAGGCCAAGGGAGUCGAACAGGAAACAACAACAGAGCCUGCGAAGAGCCUCAUGACGGCGGAGGAGGAAGCUGAGCUUGCUGAAUUGAUGGGGGAUGAUGAUUAACCCACCCCUACCCAAUAUAACAGUGAAUAAAUCACCUAACACAAACUCGAAUUCAGGGCUUUCGAGUUGAAUGAUCGAAAAGCGCGACAGUAUGAGUCAAGUAUAAACAAACAGCAGCCCGAAGCCUUGUUUGGCAUCAAAUGAGAGUUACAGCCGUUGGCCGAAACAACGGGAGGCAGGUUUCACCUCGAAGGAAUGUAGGCACGUGUAUAUGGAAACCAUGC